AUGGCGUCCCAAGCUCAAUGUCUCUACUGCUUUGAGUGUCUGUCAGCCAGCUUCGAGAAUCGAGAUCCUCCUACGCUGGGCAAAGUCGAAAGACUAUGGGAGGAUCACCAGAACAGCCUACCAUCCGAAGACGAGCCUAGCAAUGAGACACCAGAGGGGCAGCCCUUAGAAGAGGACCCGGCAAUGGAAGACAGUGAAGACGCUGAAGAAACCGACGAAGAAGACGGCCUGGACGAAGAAGAUGAAGAAGACGAGAGCAGAGGGAGCAUAGAACAAGACUCCACUUCAUCAACACAACCGCCUCCGGCAAGACCUCAAAUCCCAAGCAUUUCCCGCCUCCAAGCAUCGACACCGAGCUCGCAAUCCUGCUGCUAG